ACAAAACACUGACCUUCAUCCAUAUGAUCUUGACACUUAAGAUUUUUUCACACCCUCCUAAUCACCACUUUCAGCAUAGGCUAUAUUAGAGGAGGACAGGGCUGGUUGGACACAUUCAGGAGGAGCACUGAGAUCUUUGACAAACUAACAUUAUGCUUAAGGAGGUGUUGUUGGGUGUCCUUACAGGAGCAGUGGCUUUGACUAUAGGCAUUCUGCUAGGACACUUUGCCAUUGACAAGGGCAGUUCGGUGCCAGACUGGGUCCGGGAUGCAUCUCGUGAUGUGGACGAAAGUAUCAUUGAGAAAUUCCUUGCAGAACUGGAUACCAAUCAACUUAAAGAGAACCUCAGGGAGCUGACUAAGGUUCCCCACAUGGCCACCACCCCUGGAGAUGAAGCCACCGUAGAUUUUAUGCUGAAGAGAUGGCAGGACCCCAACACAGGCUUGGACAGUGCAUGGAGGGAAGACUACAAGGUGUAUCUGUCAUUCCCAAACAAAACAAGCCCCAACAAAGUCUCUGUUGUUGAUCCAGCAAACACAGUGCAGUUUACGGCAAGAGAGAGAGAGAAGGUAUACAAACCAGACCAGGAGGACCCGGAGGUGGUCCAGCCAUUCGCGGCAUAUUCCCCCGCAGGAAACGUCAAGGGAAAACUUGUCUAUGCAAACCAAGGUAAAAUGAGUGACUAUGAGCUGUUAAACAGAACGCUGGAUCUGAGGGGAACCAUCGCCAUCACCAGAUACGGAGGAGAAGGGAGAUCUAAAAAAGCUAUAAAUGCAGCCAAGUUUGGAAUCGUUGGGGUGCUGGUCUAUACUGAGCCGUAUGACAUAAACGAUGGCCUGGUGUCAGAAAGUGAAACCUACCCUCACUCCUGGUAUCUCCCACCUUCUGGUGUCGAGCGAGGCUCAUACAACAUUGACUUUGGAGACUUGUUAACACCGUACCUAGCUGCAAAGGAGGAUACCUACAGAAUACCGAAAGAAGACAUAACAGGUAUUCCACCAAUUCCAGCACAGCCAAUAGGGUUUGAGGAUGCUGAAAGAUUAAUCUGUGAGCUCGAUGGGGACGAUGCCCCUGUUGAAUGGCAAGGCUCGCUUAACUGCACAUACAAACUUGGUGGGCCAGGGUUCAAAGCCACAUCUACCUUCAACAACAGCAAUGUGCACUUGGACAUUUAUAACACAGAGAGGCUGGAAUAUUCAGCAAAUGUUAUGGGAAUAAUCCGAGGCAGUGUGGAGCCAGACAGGUACGUGAUUUAUGGGAACCACAGGGAUAGCUGGGUACAUGGAGCCAUUGACCCCAGCAGCGGCACAGCAGUGAUGCUGGAGAUCACCAGAGUGCUGGGGAAGAUGCUGAAGGAAGGGAAAUGGCGACCUCGGAGGUCUAUUAUCUUUGGCAGCUGGGGAGCUGAAGAAUUUGGUCUUAUUGGAUCUGCCGAAUACACAGAGGAGUACUUCAGUAAGCUGAGUGAACGCACUGUGGCGUACAUCAACGUGGACAUCUCAGUGUUUGCUAAUGCGACUCUCAGGGCUUCUGCUUCUCCAGCAGCACAGAGUGUGAUAUUCACAGCCUCCAAACAGGUAAAGGCACCUGGAACAACCACAACAGUCUAUGAGAACUGGAAGAAAUAUUCCAACAGAACCAGUCCGAAUUAUGGGAUCAUUCCAAAUGUGGGCUUCUUGACAGGAGCAGGAAGUGAUUAUGCAGCUUUUAUGCACUACCUUGGAAUAACAUCCAUGGACAUUUCCUAUUUUUAUGACCGGAGCAAAACAAGAGCACGAAUCUACCCAGCCUACCACACGGCUUAUGACACCUUUGACUACGCAUCUAAAUACAUUGAUCCAGGUUUCACAAGUCACCAGGCAGUAGCCAGGACAGCAGGGAACGUGCUGCUGCGAUUGGCUGACAGUCUUCUGCUGCCUUUCAACUGCAGCGACUACGCAGAAAGUCUUGAGCAGUACCUCAGUCAGGCGGUAGCAGCCUUUGAGGAAAAACUUGCGGCUAAAGGAAUCUCUAUGGAAUCUUUGAAGAAAGCUGUGCAGUUAUUCCGUGACAAAGCCACCAAACUGGAGCGUUUGAUCAGGGAUUCAGAUCUUGCAAAAGAAACACCUCUAAAGGUUCGCCAGAUGAAUGACCAACUCAUGCUGCUGGACAGGGCUUUCCUUGACCCAUUGGCAUUCCCAGAACAAUAUGGUUUCAGGCAUGUGAUAUGGGCGUCGAGGUCAUCAAGCGUGCCCACCUUCCCCGGCCUAGCAGACGCAGUAGAGAAGGCUGAGAGCACGGGGCUGAAGGAAGACUGGGAUCAGGCUCACAAACACAUAUCCAUCAUCACACAGGCCAUCGCAGGAGCUGCACACACACUGGAUGAUGUGAUUUAAUGCACAAAGGAAGAAAUAUUUUACUGUUUUCGCCAAAUAAAAUUCUUGAAAUCAAUAUUUCUGCUAACAGCCAGAGGGAGUAUCAAAGUUGAAAUCAUGUACAAAUGUAAAAAAAAAAAACUAAAUUAUUGUUAUGAAUACCAUUCCCAGCAUAUUCCUAGCGCAUGAAGGGAAAACCUGAAAAAUCAUUUUGACAAGAGGUUUAUAGUAAACAUAUUUUGUCUGAAAUAAAGAUGGAAAGUGCCUUGUGUAUUAAAGGGAUGGUUCACACAUAAA